AUGGGACCCUUAAAAAAGGAAUCGCCGCCAAGCGUCCGAAGGGAUUUCAGGAGGCAGCUGAAAUCCCCCCCUGUUCGUUGCUCCCCCAGGUGUUUGAUUUGCGGCAAUGCCAUCGGCAGAUGCAGCAGCAAGCAGCCACAGCUCAAGCCGCUGCCGCAACCCAAGCGGCCGCCGUGGCUGGAAACAUCCCGGGACCCGGGGCGGUGGGAGGCAUCGCUCCGGCUGUGGGGCUGUCGGCGGCGGCCGGGAUCGGCGUGGAUGAUCUGCGGCGGCUGUGCAUCCUGCGGCUGAGCUUCGUGAAGGGUUGGGGGCCGGAUUAUCCGCGGCAGAGCAUCAAAAACACGCCGUGUUGGAUCGAGGUGCAGCUGCACCGCGCGAUGCAGCUCCUGGAUGAGGUUCUGCACGCCAUGCCGGCUGCCGAGCCUGCGGCGCUGCGCUGAGUGCGUUGUGCG